CACAAACAACAUAUUUUUCAACAAUUCUAGAGAGAGAAACAGACAGAGUGUGUGUAUGUGUGUGAGAGAGAAAGAUAGAGAGAGAAGGCGCAACAACUCUCUUGUAUUUGUAUCUGGCGCGUUGGUAAACUAACAGUCAUUAAAGAGAAGUUCCAAGCCCAUAAAGAUCAAGAAAGAGCCAAGAAGAGAGAGAAAAAGUAACCUAAAAACACACUGAGCGUGUCUUUUUUUCAAGAAAGAUACAUACGGAGUUCUAUAUAUAUAGAGAGAGAAAGAGAUAGAGAAAGAAAGAGAGAAGGAGAGAGUGUGAGAGGGGGGAUGCCCUCAAAAAACCUCUUCUUUCUCUCACUAAAAAAGGCGAUCGGAAAACCCAAUAGCAUUUGUUCAUACGAUUUGGCCUUUUGGGGUUUCAGUAUAUAGUGUUGAUAGAUUAUAUAUAUUUAUUUACACACACACACAAGACACAACCGUAUAAUUGUAUAGUUAUUAUUUAUAUAUACAUCUUUAUAAUCGUAUAAUGGAGAUGUCACAGUCCGAUCCGGUUACUGAAUGGAAUACAUCAGGAGGCCAAACAGGGCUCGAAGAGCCUAUGUGGCAAUUAGGGUUGGAAUCAUACCCUGAACGGCCGGAUGAGGCCGAUUGUAUCUAUUAUUUGCGGACAGGGUUUUGUGGGUACGGUUCUCGCUGUCGGUUCAACCAUCCUCGUGAUCGUAGUUCGGUGGUCGGAGCUAUGAGGUCUGCCGGAGGGGAAUACCCACAGCGGAUUGGGCAACCAGUGUGUCAGUAUUACAUGCGAACAGGAAUGUGCAAGUUUGGUGCUUCAUGCAAGUAUCAUCAUCCAAGACAUGGAAUCGGAUCAUCAACCACAGUGGUACUAAAUAUGUCUGGAUACCCUCUUCGUCCUGGUGAAAAGGAGUGUUCGUACUAUGUGAAAACAGGGCAGUCUUCUGUUACAUACCAAAGUAUGCAAUCUCCUGUUGCCUCUUCUCAACAGUAUGGAGUGUUUUCCGGCAACUGGCCGGUUUCCAGACCUUCUCUUCUUCCCGGAUCAUAUCUCGCCGGAAGUUAUGGUCCUCCGGUGAUGCUUCCCCCUGGAAUGGUCCCAUUUCCAGGUUGGAAUCCUUACCAGGCACCUGUAAAUCCGAAUAGCAAUGUUGGAGGAGGGUCGAUGUAUGCGAUAAGUCCUUCUCAUUUAUCUCCAGCAGUUCCUUCAUAUGUUUCAAUGGCGGAAUCUGCGUUUCCAGAGAGACCUGGUGAAGCGGAAUGUCAGUAUUAUUUAAAGACGGGGGACUGUAAAUUUGGUUCAUCAUGUCGAUACCAUCAUCCACGGGAAUGGAAUCAGCCAAAGACAAACUUCAUGCUUAGUCCCAUGGGGCUUCCCCUUCGUCCAGGUGCAGCGGUGUGUACACACUAUGCCCAAAAGGGUGUGUGUAAGUUUGGACCAUCUUGCAAAUUUGAUCACCCAAUGGGUGGAGGUGGGACAUUGAGUUACAGUUCAUCUGCAUCAUCACUAGCUGACAUGUCAGUUGCACCAUAUCCUGUUGGGACUUCCAUUGGAACUUUAGCACCUUCAUCUUCUUCAUCCGACAUUGUUAACAAAAACAAAGAUGGUCUUUCUACCAGUACCAGUAUAAGUAUCGCUAGUGGUUCAGUGGGGUCCAGUCUGUCACAGAGCAUGCCACUUUCACUUUCUAAAUCCUCCAGUGGUGCUGAUUGAUGCCUCCAAUGCCACAUACAAUACAUUCCCAAAAAUCACAUUUCAUCAACGGAUCCUAACAAACAUGCCAUCCAUCUUUUCUUCCUUUUUUUUUUUUUUUUUUUUUUUUUUUUUUUUUUUUUGGUUUUGGUUUUUGUGACAAGUUCUUUCAUUAGGACUUGGAUCUUGUUUUUUAGUGGUUUACAUAUUUACAUGGCCUCUCCCUCCAUUUUCACUUUCACUUUCACUUUCACUUUCACGUUACAAAUAAUAAGCCAAAACCAAACGCCCUCCCACAUAAAUAUAUAGCUAGCUAGCUAAACUUUUGAAUAACCACAAGGAAGAAAAACGAAAACAAAAAAGAGCAUUAUCCAUUGGAAAGGUGGUGUCUAUUUAUGUUGUGUAUAGGAAACAAAAACGAUGAAGGCCUGUUUCCUUCUUGAUCUUCUGUUGUGCUUCCCUCCCCUCUGGUUAUUUAAUCUGAAAAGUGAAAAAGUGUUCUUGAAAUGUGUUUUUCUCUCUCCCCUCUAAUUGUUUUGUGGGGAAAUGGAUUUAGUUUAGACAAGUUGCAAUAGAGUCUUCAUGAUAUGAUGAGAUGUAAGGGGGGAUUAUUAUUUGAAUAAUUUUAUCUUGGACACCAAAACAUUGAAUAUGAGACGAGAAGCUGGGAUUUUGUAAUCUCUUGUUAUUACCAUUUUGUCCGUUACCAGUG